ACAAUAAAAACAAGUUGAAGAGAUUCCCAAUCAUCUCCUCCACUGUAUAGGGAACACUCAUAAUUGCACCCAACAGCUCCUAAGUUAUUUACCAACUUCUUUGAUUGCUAUAGUUGCAUUGCAUCUCUUUCAUUUUCCAACUAUAUAUAAAUCCAUCAAUCUCCAUCAACUUUCACACACACACUCCAUCAACUAACCAUUGCAUGAUGAGUUCAAAUUCAUGCACAAACUCCUCAAUAAAUGGCUUCUACAACAUGCUUAACCAAGGACUCAAUGAACUCCACCAAUCCUUCCUCUCUCACAAUUUCAUGUCUUUCCAAUUCCUAUCACAAGUUAUCUCAUCUCUUCAAUCCUUCCAUUCCCAACUCACUCUUUUGGUUAGAAAACUCAGGCUUCCAGUUGGAGGAAAAUGGCUUGAUGAAUACAUGGAUGAAAGCUCUAGACUUUGGGAUGCUUCUCAUCUUCUCAAAUCAGCCAUUUCUGGAAUGGACAAUUAUUACUCUUCUGCUAUUAAUAUAGCUUCCUCUUUAGAUGGUUACCAUCACUUCACUCCUGAAUUUUCGCGUCAGGUUAUUCGUGCGAUAAAUGUUUGUCAGAGGGAGAUUUUAGGAAUGGAGGAGGAAAACAAGAGUUUAACAGAAACAAGGAUUCAACCAUUGUCACAAUGUCUAAACCAGAACAUGAAUAUAUGUAUGGAUUCAAAUUCAAAACUAAAUGGAUUCAGUGGUUUCAGAGGUGUACUUUUUGCAAUGAGGAGUGUUGGUUCAUUGCUUGUGAUGAUUCUACUUUGUGGACUUUCUUAUUGUUGGUCUUCUUCUUGCUUUCAUCAAGUAGGAGGAGGAAGUUAUCAUGAAGGACACAUGGUUUUUGGAUCUGGUUUCAUGGUUUCAAUGGCAAUAUUGCAGCAAAAAGUGGCAGAGGAAAUAGAUAACAAUGAGGGUCAUCCAGGGAUUCUGUUUUUUGAAUUUCAACAAGCUAAGAUUGCUAUGGAGGAAUUGAAAGUGAUGUUGGAGACAAUAGCAUGUUAUAAUAAUGAACAAAAUGGUGAGAUUCAAGAAAAAGUUGAGAAUGUGAAGAAUUGUUUUGAGUUGUUGAGAUGUAGUGUAGAGACUAUAACAGGACAACUUGAUGAUUUCUUUGAUGAAAUAGUUGAAGGUAGGAAGAAGCUUUUGGACAUGUGCACCAAUAGGUAGAAUCAUUUUAAAUUGCAUUCAAAAUUGUAGUUGUAAUACCAUUAGAGAGAUCUUAAAAUUCUUUAUAUCAAAACUGCAAUUGCGGUUGCAUAUGCAAUUUAAAACUAUGAACUACAAGUCUAUAAUUAAAAACAAUUGGUGUAUCUUUUCAUUUUUAUAUGUUAUAAUAAAAUUAAUGAAGCAAUGUCAU